AUGUACUCCAAGAUCAUCCCCGCCCUCGCGGCCCUUGGUGCCGGUGUUGUGUCCGCCCAGAGCAGCAGCAACAUUUGCUCCUCGGCCACCCUCACCAUCACCGAUGCCGCCAUGGCCACCAACAUCCCUUGCGGCACCAUCAACGGUGCCGUCAAGAUUGCCGAGGACAUCACCGGCAACGUCGACAUCAACGGUCCCAGGACCAUCAAGGGCGACCUGAUCGUUACCAACGUCACUCAGCUCGUUGGCCUCAGCAGCUCCACUCUCGCCUCCGUUGAGGGCACCUUCAAGAUGCAGGGCCUGACUGUCCUCUCUAACCUUCAGUUCACCUCGCUCACCACUGUCGGCUCCAUCGACUGGGUUACUCUGCCUGCCCUCGGCUCCCUCGUCUUCGGUACCGCCGGUGUCACCAAGGUUAACGACAUCCUCAUUAGCGACACCUUCCUCAAGAGCUUGGACGGCCUGAACGUUGCCUCCGUCGACUCCCUCCGUAUCAACAACAACAACCAGCUCGUUUCCUACAGCAACCAGCUGGCCAACGCCACCAAGACCAUUGAGAUCAACUCCAACGGCCCCGACUUGGGUAUCACCCUUCCCAACCUUAUCUGGGCCGGCGAGAUUAUUAUUGCCGAUGCCGCCAAGGUCCAGAUGGACUCCCUCGAGGUUGUCAACGGCUCCAUCAAGUUCGACAAGAACACCUUUACCGAGUUCAUCGCCCCCAACCUGACCGAGACGUCCGAUGGUGAUGUUUCCUUCAUCAACAACGUUGAGCUCACCAACCUGUCGCUGCCCCUUCUCACCAAGACAGGCGGUGGUCUGACCAUCCAGAACAACACCCUGCUCCAGAAGAUCGAUGGCCUUCCCGAGCUCAAGCAGAUUGGCGGCGCCGUCCUCCUCCGUGGCAACUUUACUGAGGUCGCCCUGCCCGCUCUCGAGGACGUCAAGGGUGCCUUCGACACCCAGUCCACCGGCAACAUUGACACCUCUUGCGACAUCUUCAACAAGAUGGACGGCCGCCAGAUCCAGGGUGACUACAAGUGCCGCUCCAACAACACCAAGGCCAACGAGGACGGCGACUCCAACGGCGGCAGCGCCGGCGGCUCCCAGAACGGUAGCGGCAGCGGCUCGGAAGGUGCUGCUGGUAUUGUCUCUGUCAACACCGCCCUUCUCGGCGCCGCCCUUCUUUUCGGGUUCGCCAAGCUGUUGUAA